AUGUCGAUUAUCGAUGAAUAUGAAUCUCUUGAGGUUAUUGGGAAAGGAUCGUUUGGUACUGUACGACGAGUGCGUCAUAAAGAUGGCCAGAUACUAGUUCGAAAAGAAAUUGAGUAUACUUCCAUGACGAGUCAGGAAAGAAACCACAUUAUAUCUGAAUUGAGGAUCCUUAGAGAGUUGGAUCAUCCACAUAUUGUCAAAUACUAUCGACAUGAUCAUAUACCAGAAAAGAAAAUGAUACACAUAUACAUGGAGUAUUGCGAAGGCGGGGACUUGGCAAAGGUUAUUAAGAAUUUUAGGGCCAGCAAGAGCCGGAUUCCUGAAGAGUUUGUGUGGCAAGUACUUGUGCAGGUGUUGUUGGCGUUGUAUAGAUGUCAUUAUGGAGUUGAUGCAGAGAAAGUGAACUUGUUUAAGACUGCACUGGAGCCAAAGUAUGCGAAUAGUAUUAUACAUAGAGAUAUCAAACCAGACAAUAUAUUUGUUGGCUCGUGUAUCAAGUUGGGGGAUUUUGGGUUGGCAAAGAUGCUUAGUGCUAACGAUUUUGCCAAGACGUAUGUGGGCACGCCAUAUUAUAUGUCGCCCGAGGUGUUGUUGGAUGAUCCGUAUUCGCCAGUGUGUGAUAUUUGGUCGUUGGGGUGUGUGUUGUAUGAGUUGUGUACGUUGGAGCCUCCAUUCAAGGCGAAGAGUCAUUUACAAUUGCAGGCCAAGAUUAAGCGUGGGGUAAUUGAAGAGGUGCCGGAUUUUUAUUCCCUGCAGUUGAGGACCCUUAUUAGGCUGUGUAUAACGGUUGAUCCAGAAGAGCGGCCUACAUGUUUUGAUUUGAUUGAUUCGUUGGCAGUAAGGUUUUUAAGAAAGGAAAUGGAAUUGAAGGAAAUGAACGAGAACCUAGAGGAGUAUAAGAAGCAGUUGUUAAAGAGAAGCAAGGAGUUGAAGGAAACCAGUAAAGAAUUGGAUGAGUAUAAACAAGAGUUGGUACGCAAGAGCGAAGAGUUGAGUAAGAGGGAGAAAUAUUUGGAUGAGGAGUUUGAGUUGAGGAAACAGGCAAUAGAAUUGGAGUCGAAGGAGAUUCGAAUGGAGUAUCAGAGAGAGUUUAAUUUGGUGGUGGAGCAAGAAGUUAAAAGGAGAUUAGAGCAGAGGAAACCACAUGGACCGAGACCACUUGAAGAUGUGAGUCCAAGGAGUCCAUUAAAGGAAAGGAAUAGACCAAGGGUUACUGAUGCAUUGGAAAGGCUUCAUUUAGAAAAGAGGCAUACGCCGGAGUUUGAGUAUAUAAGUAAGUACCGAUAA